UGCACCCGGAAGUGAGAGUUGGGAAGGGAAGGUGAAGCAGGAGAAGGUAAACAUGGCUCGAAGUUUGCUGUGCAGAGCUGUGGGAGUGUUUCAGCUCAGCAGGACUCAAACUCCGCUGGCAGGGACGUUUUACUCUCAGACUGACCCGGAACCUUUAACGGUGAGACAACAAAACAGCGGGAUAAGGAGAAUCAUCUUAAACAAUCCCAAGAAAAGGAAUGCACUCUCUCUGUCAAUGCUGGAAUCUCUCAGAGAAAACAUCCUAACCGAUGUUGACAGUGAUGAUCUCAGAGUCAUCGUCAUAUCAGCCAAAGGUCCAGUGUUCUCCUCUGGACAUGACCUGAAAGAGUUGACGUCAGCUCAGGGCAGAGAGUAUCACACAAAAGUCUUUCACACCUGUGCAGAGGUAAUGACUUUGAUACAAGACAUACCUGUUCCAGUCAUCGCCAUGGUAAAUGGAGUUGCAACAGCGGCUGGUUGCCAGCUUGUUGCCAGCUGCGAUGUUGCCGUGGUGACAGAGAAGUCCACCUUCGCCACUCCCGGUGUCAAUGUGGGGCUUUUCUGCUCGACGCCGGCGGUGGCCAUCGGCAGAGCCGUGCCUAGGAAGGUUGCCAUGGAGAUGCUGUUCACAGGAACUCCCAUCUCAGCCCACGAUGCUUUGCUGCACGGUCUGGUCAGUAAGGUGGUGCCGGAGGAACGACUGGAGGAGGAGACAAUGGCCAUAGCCCAGCGGGUGUGUCAGGCGAGCCGACCUGUUGUCGCUCUCGGCAAGGCCACUUUCCAAAGACAAAUGGCUCAAGGUCGAGACGCAGCGUAUGCCACUGCCUCCAAGGUGAUGGUCGACAACCUCGCUCUCAGAGACGGACAGGAGGGGAUCCGAGCCUUCAUAGAAAAACGCAAGCCGGUGUGGAGUAAUAAAGCCGAAAAAGCACACGACUGAUGGACUGUUGGAGAGCCAGAAGAUCGCUGAAAUGACCGAGUGAUCUUUCUUACUGGUGCUACAUGGUUUCCAGUCUGGUGUGAAUAAUAAGCACCAGUUCUGAGUCACUGUGUAGACUAUGCUGCUGUUAAAAUGUAGAUAUGUAAUUAAAAAAGUUUAAUUUGAA